GGGCCCUGAGGGCCCGCGCGGACGCGGGGCGAGCGCAACGGCGGCGGGAUGCCGGAGAAGCGGCUCACCGUCGAGCCACCAACUAUUACCGAAGCAGAAUUUGAGGAUUCUUUGGCAACAGAUAAUUUCCUCGUGGACUACUUUAAUGAAUUUCUAAGUCUUCCAACCUUUUCAGAGGCAAUUAGAUUUAAUGCAGAUUACGGAGUUUUUGAAGUAAUUAACAAUGCCCCACAACUUCUGGAAAAGCAACUGAAAAAAAUUCUGCAACACCAGCAACCUCGAAAUCCCAUUUAUGAUGUUGUAAGGAAAGGGAAGAAAGAUGUUCAGCCUGUUCAAGUAAAUGUCCCCUAUGAAGAUGAGACCAUUAAUGUCAACUACAAUAUUAUGUGUCUCAGUCGUGAGCAAGGUAUUCAGUGGAUCAAGAAAGAAAGACUUCCAGCAUUUCUGGAAAGUGAUUGCUAUUUUGAAUACAGGUUGGCCAAACUGGUUUCACAAGUGAGAUGGAGUAAAGAAGGCACGAACAUCACGCUAGAUACAGACGUUUCUCCCUGGGUCCUGAGAAAACCACCCACUCCACCGCCGCCUCCCGCUGAAGAUGACAACACCGUCCUUAUGAAAAAGUUCUACGUUUCUCUUGGCGAGGCCACCUACACUCAGACAGAAGAUUGGUUUGCACUAGCGAAACAAAGUCAGCAUACAGUAUCAACCUUUUCAUUACCGUCUGCUUCACACCACAACAGAAUUGGAUCACCCGUUAUUUCGUCUGACUCUGAGAGUUUUAUUUUUGAUGAUGGAAUCCACCCCAGGACGAACAAGCACCCAUCUAAAAGCACUGGAGUAAUUUCAGAGGUCGAAGAAGAAGAAGACGGGUCUGUCUCGCUACAAGACACGCCUUCUCAAGCGCUUCUGAGAAUAUACCUUGAGAAGAAACCGGGUGUCGGCGAAAGCCCGACAUUGCAUUUCUCGACAUGUGAAGAAUUUUUAAGAUCUUACAUAACCUUUAGUUUGAAAACAGCAAUUCAUCAAAUGCUUGGACAGCCAUUUAUAGAAAGCCAGGAUUUUAUAAGCUUCAAAAAUGUAACAGAAGUGGUAGUUGAUGAGUAUCCUGAGCUUGCUUCUGACAAGAAUGUUUUGUACAGUGAAAUAUCACCACCCCCUGAGGAAAAGGCAGAAGAAAUAUUAGAAGAAACAAGUUCAAAGAGUGAGAGUGUUGGGUCAGAAAGCAGAGCUGAUUGGUGCGUUUCUCACAAAACUUAUGACAUUGGCAACCGAAAGGAGUUCGAGAGAUUUAAGAAAUUUAUCAAAGGUACAUUAGGGGAGAAAUAUUGGUGGCUAUGGAUGGAUAUUGAGAGGUUAAAAGUUCUUAAGGAUGCUGGAAGACAUCAAAGACAUCUUGAGAAGAUGAAAAAGCGCUAUCUAGUGAGCAGUGGUGAUUACUACCUUUCUACAGAAAUCUUAACAAAAUUUAAACUGCUAGAUGGAUCUCAGUGGAAUAAUGAACACUUGAGAAAUAUUCAGACUGAGGUUGUAAAACCCUUACUUCUAUAUUGGGCACCGAGAUUCUGCGUGACCCAUUCAUACGCAAUAAAACAUGCUAGUGCUGAACUGAAAUUGUGGCACCUCCGCCAAGAGAAACCAAGGAAGGAUGUGGAUCCUUUCCCACAAAUACCAACCCUCUUGCCUUUAAGACCCAAGUCUUGCAUUCCACAUAUAUCUGAUAUACAGAAAGAAGAACCCAGUUUAGUACAACUUUCUAAAUCUCCCAAGAAACCACCUAGCGCAAUUCAGAAACCUUGGAAGAGCGAGACUUGGUAUUCAGUUUCCUCUAAGGACGACAUGGCUGAGAAAGGGUCACAGCACAGGAGAGACAGCAGCGAAGUUAUUUGUUUAACAUCUUUUACUGACAUUUCUGAAUGUCUGAAGCCCAAGCUGGACAGAAAAUAUAUUUAUACAGAAGAACCUUUGGUUAAAACCACGGCAGAUGGUGCCUUGGGAGGAUUCGACAUGGAAAAUUUGUUGCAAUCUUUGUAUGUAGAAAAUAGAUCUGGAUUCUUCUUUACUAAAUUCUGUGAGCAUUCAGGGAACAAGUUGUGGCAGAACUGUGUGUACUUCUGGUUUGACCUCCAGGCUUAUCAUCAACUUUUCUACCAACAAACGCUUCACCCUGUGAAAGUGUGCAAGCAAGCCCAGUACCUUUUUGCCACAUAUGUUGCUCCUUCGGCCACUCUUGACAUUGGACUCCAACAGGAAAAGAAAAGAGAGAUUUAUAUGAAGAUACAGCCACCAUUUGAAGACCUUUUUGACACAGCAGAAGAAUAUAUUCUUCUCCUCCUACUCGAGCCCUGGACAAUGAUGGUGAAAUCAGACCAAGUUGCUUACAGACAGGUGAACUUGGUGGAAGAAACUCGACAGCUAGAUUCCACAUGCUUUAGAAAGCUACAGGCUUUGCAUAAAGUGACACUUUCCGAGAAAGCUGAGGAUACUACUCGUGAAAUUGGAACUGGUAUUCCACAACAUCCUGAUAUCUCUAAGGAAACACAGUACUGGAAUAAUGUUCCUGAAGAAUAUAGACAUUUUACUUUUGAUGAUCUGCUUAAAAACAAACUGGAGUUUGAACAUUUCCGUCAGUUUCUUGAGGCUCAUUCAUCAAGUAUGGACCUUAUGUGCUGGACGGACAUUGAGCAGUUCCGAAGAAUAAGUUACAAAGAUCAAAAGCAAAGGGAGGCAAAAUCUAUGUAUAUUAAAAACAAAUAUCUUAAUAAAAAAUAUUUCUUUGGACCUAACAGUCCCGCUUCUCUACGCCAGCAGGACAAGAUAAUGAAUUUAAGUGGUGGCUGGGGAAGGAUUCUCCACGAGCAGCUUGAUGCACCUGUUCUACUUGAAAUUCAGAAGUGCGUCCUACACAGGCUAGAAAAUGUGUGGUUGCCAUUGUUUCUUGCAAGUGAACAGUUUGCAGCGCGUCAAAAGAUAAAGGUACAGCUGAGAGACAUAGCUGAAGAGCUCUUACUACAGAAGCAUGACAUGAAAAUUGGGAUUUGGAAGCCCGUGGAGAGUAAGUGGAUAUCUUCAUCUUCUGAAAUCAUUGCUUUUCGUAAAGCAUUAUUGAAUCCAGUUACUUCAAGACAAUUCCAACGGUUUGUGGCUCUAAAAGGAGAUUUAUUGGAAAAUGGGGUGCUCUUUUGGCAAGAAGUACAAAAAUAUAAGGACUUGUGUCACUCUCAUUGUGAAGAGUCCAUCAUCCACAAGAAGGUCAUGACUAUCAUCAACUGCUUCAUUAAUUCCAGUAUUCCCCCAGCUUUACAAAUUGACAUUCCAUUGGAGCAAGCCCAGAAGAUUAUUGAGCACAGGAAGGAGUUAGGACCAUAUGUGUUUAGAGAGGCACAGAUGACAAUUUUUGGGGUUCUGUUUAAAUUUUGGCCUCAGUUUUGUGAGUUUAGGAAGAACUUAACCGAUGAGAAAAUGAUGAGUGUUUUAGAGAGAAGAAAAGAAUAUAAGAAAAAGAAAUUGGCCGCCACAGAAGAUGAAAAACUUGCAAAGGAUGGAAUCAGACAAUAUGCAAGUGCUUCAGGAGCUGCUAUCAGAACAGGUGGUUUAGCCAGCGACUCAGUUUUAGGCUUGCAAGCAUAUGGCCGACAGCCAAGCUGGUGCUACUCAAAAUAUAUAGAAGCCUUAGAACAGGAAAGGAUUCUUCUUAAAAUUCAAGAAGAACUAGAAAAGAAGUUGUUUGCAGGCAUACCAUCUUUUACAAAUGUUAAUAAGCCUGCUGUUUCAGCUCUGCCUUUGAAAAAGAACUUACCUUCCCAGAGCAUCCAUAGACUUGUUUAAAUCAAAUGUGACUGGCAUGGGAGCACGAGUGAUUUUUCAGUGGUCCGCAUUAGAGCAAGCCUGCCAUCUAAGUUUGACUUGUUUUGCUCCCACAGUUUUAAAAUUAUAGCUAUU